CUUGAAGUCACAAAUAUUACCCCCGAAUUUCUUCACUUGUAGAGUACUUUUAUUCGACCAUGACAACUUUAUUUUGGACGCAGGGAGUAUUUCAUUGGCUAGCUAUGUCAAGGGUCAUAAUAUUCCUACUCUCCACCAAAAUAACACCUAUCGUUCGUUAAUACUCUGGUCCAAAAAUACUCCAGCUCCGAUCCUUUUCAUCACCAGAUAUUAUAUUAUUUCCCUAUUAAUAAAUACUGUGGUGGAUUCAAACUUGUGUUUAUUCUUUCUCUUUUGUAGCUAAUCCUAAUUAAUGGCAAAGUUAGAGAUUCAAAUCCAAACAAGGAAAAUGUUGAAGCCCUCAAUCUCUACCCCGAAUCAUCUUCGGAUCCUCAAGCUUUCAUUUUUCGAUCAUCUGGUUCCUCGUGUAUAUGUGCCAGUACUCUUCCACUACUUGCCAAGCAGUACGGGUGAAGGAACAAUUACUGAAAGAUGUGAUAAGUUGCAAAAAUCUUUGGCCCAGACAUUAACAGGGUUUUACCCUAUGGCAGGGAGAUUUACGGAAGAUGAAUUCUCAAUUCAAUGCAAUGAUGAAGGCGUUGAGUAUGUUGAAACCAAAGUCAACGCGGAUCUUGCUGAAUUUCUCUACCAAUUAGGACCCAAGACGGAGCUUUUGAAUGAUUUUCUUCCAUGGCCUAGUAGUAGUGUUUCUCCAUACUCAGAUCUGCCAUCAAGUCCAUUACUUGGUGUCCAAGUGAAUAUAUUCAAUUGUGGAGGACUAGUCAUAGCGAUACAAAUUUCACACAUCCUAGCUGAUGCUUUCACGUAUGCAACAUUUCUCAAUGAAUGGGCGAACACUAGCCUUACAGGGACGACAAAAGAUUGUCUCCCAAGUUUCGGUCACUUGUCAUCGCUCUUUCCCACAAGAGCACUAUCAGGACCUCAAUUUUCACCACCAUCCAACAGAGGUCCUAAGAGUAUCACUAGGAGGUUUGUGUUUGAUGCUUUGGCGAUAACUAAGCUCAAAAAUACAAUCGAAGGUUCAAGUGCCAUCAGGCCUACUAGAGUGGUGGUCGUUAUGUCGUUAAUAUGGAAGAUUCUUGUGGGCAUUUCCACCGCCAAGAAUGGACAUUCAAGGGACUCGUCUUUUUUAUUUCCUAUUAAUUUGAGGGGAAAAUCUAUAUUACCAUCUUUAGAACAUGCUCUAGGGAAUUUUACCAUGUUUGGAAUUGCUAAUCUAGAGGCAAGCCAGUCAAGAAAGGAGUUGAAUGUGUUGGUAGGAAAUACAAUACGGGACACAUGUUUAGGCAUUGGUAAGGCGGCAAGCGUUAAUGAUAUUUCCUCUUUAGUUGUUAAUAAUCAGAUAAAAGUUGUAGACAAACUUAGCCAAGGAGACGAGAUGGACAUUUAUUCGUGCUCUAGUUGGUGUGGAUUCCCUUGGUAUGAAGCUGACUUUGGUUGGGGAAAGCCAUUCUGGGUGAGCUCCAUUAGCUUUGAUGCUUUUGAAGUAAUUGUGCUGAUGGACACAAAAAAUGGUGAUGGAGUAGAAGCAUGGGUUAGUUUGAAGGAGAAUGAUAUGACUGAAUUCGAGAGAGAUGCUGAUAUUUUGACAUUUUGUCCUCCGCUACUUCCAUAGUAGCAUUCCGAUCCAUUACUUGAUUUGGAUAAAAUUAAACUACAUUAUGUAUACUUCUUUGCUUUGCUUGUUUCCCCUAAUAUUUGACCCUCUCAUUCUCUUAUAUCGUGUCUAAUUUCACAAAGUGAAGGGAAAAG